UUUCCUUCAAGAUAGCGAAAUAAUUGUUAAGGUCAUGGGUUAGUUACUUAUAGAAGUAAACAAUGUUGGAGGUAGAGGAAUUUUCCGAACGUGGCGAUGCCCCUGCGCUCGCUAUACUCAAAGACAACGCGAGGAAGAAGGCGAUCCGGCAUGUUGUGGAAACACAGGAAGAAUUGACCCGCAUACACGAACGUGUUACAAGGGUAAGAAAAGCAGUUUGAUCAGCCGUUAUUUCUCCUUUUUCUUUUUUAUCCUUUUGUGAGCUUAUUUUUAAUCUCUGUCUUUUUUCUUAGACUAUAGACUCUUACGAACUCAGCGAAAAAUUAUCCGGACAUCAACUUGAUGAAAGAGAAGUAGAACGAAUCGCUGAGGAAUUUAUAAGGGAACAAGCGACCCUGGAAUUUGUGGAUGAUAUGGUACGAAGGACUGUUUCUAAUGUACCGAAACAUUUAUUAUAAGCAUGAACUAGCUUUUAAUCUUUGAUUACAGACAUAGCGCGAGUCAUAAGCCCAGCUUCAAUACGCAGCAGUCAUUUUGUCAUUAUGCAAGGCGUCCUCUUGGGACCCGAGAGGCGUUCAUAAUUUUUAGGUCAUAAUUCGGGAAAAUACUCUUUUGUUUUAGAACAUUUUAUUGUUUUCGUAACUCGAAAAGGUAUUUGUUUUCAAUGUCUGCCACGAACGUACUGUUUGUCCGUGGCGUAGAUUGUUUUCGUACCGCUUAAAAGGGCAACACAUGGCCUCAAGUUGACCUCAGAACGAUGCUUUUUUAAAUAUGUUCAUCACAAGCUCAUUUGAGCAUUCUAUUUCCCUGACACGCAUCAUGGCUUCCUCUACCUCAGGAAGGCUUUAUUUUGAUUUUCUGCACGCGAUCUUCAUGCUGCUUGGAAAAUGUAAAACAGGAAACAGACUUUACAACUGACAAAAGUAAGAAGGGUCGGCCAGGGCUUGAGGGUAAUACGGGUGUCUUUUACCUGAAAAUAACUAAUGAUUUUGAGUAUACUGGUAUACCGGUACCACUCGUUUUCGGUAUUUUGUGGGAAUUGGUGUAUGUCACAGUGUAGCAUUCUUUAACCCGUGAAGCCUCAAGAUAAUGACCAGCAUCAAAUUUCUCCUAACUGGGAUGGGAUAAGUGGAAGGAGCAGCAGUGAUAAAAUGUUGCUCAAACAGUGCAACAAGAACCAUAAUUAUGGACAGCAGGGAGGAGAAUAAACAUGUUGAUAUCCAGGGCUUAGGCGCGUUUCAAACGUCGUGCUACUGCCAUGCCGAACUAAAUUGAUUGAAUUAAAUUCAACUUUAGCAUGGCAGUAGUGCGACAUUUGAAACCAAGUCAUGCUACUGCCAUGUAGCAUGGCAAGCUUUGCCGUGCUACACUGCCGUAGCUCAACUUGCCUUCAAAUGUUGCUCUACUGCCAUGCCAAACUCAAUUCAUAAAUUAUAAAUACAUUAGAAUACAUUUAAAAGUUUGCCAAACUGUAUCGUUAUUUGACUGAACUAAAUUCAAUGUCUGAAACCAAGUCGUGCUAGUGUCAUGCUGCAGUUGAGCUACAGUCAAGCCAGCUUAGCAUGGCAGUAGCGCGACUUUUGAAACAGGUCUCUUAAAGGGUUAAAGUUGAAGUAGAGGUGAUUUUUAAAAGUAGGUGGUAAAAGAGUAGAACACCUCUCAUGCAGUAAAACCACGUGUGUGGGUAGGUAUGGGACCCACCUUCCCUGACAAACUUUUAUCUUGAGGUUCCUGCAAAGUAAGCUUUCCCAGGCAUGAAGAUAGUAGGGAAAGUGGAUCAAGAAAAGUUGCAUGAAAACUACUGAUUUUCAUCGCUUGCUUUUUCGCUGUUCAUCCACUCUGUUUGCUUGUUUGCGCUGACCAAGAGCUUGGCACAGGACUACUGCAAAGUUCAUUCAGUGCAUUGUUAGCAAACUGCAUGGAAACAAUAUUAGCCAUGAGGAUGGCACCCUUUUUUUUCCUAUAUAAUUUUGAUCUAGUUCACCAUAGAAAAUGGUGAGAAGCAAGUUUGAUGGAUGUAUUAUUUCAAGUUAAGUAGUCAGCACUUCCUUGAAAACUACAUGUAGUUAGUAACUUUUGCUAGUCGCUGGAACUUCAGGGAACGCUGGUUUUCAGUAAAUAUUUUCUGGUUUUAUUACUUUGGAUUCCCUUCACUGAGUCACCUUGAAUAAGAGUAAGUGGACUAAAUCAAAAGCCUCUCUCCAACAACCCUUUGCAUGAUGGGUGACUUAAACUUUGUCUACAUGUAUAAAGUAAGAAAAUUUAUUAUUAUCCAGAAUAUCGUUUUUAAACAUUUCAGCACUAAAGAGAUGGGUGCUUCCAGGAAGAAGAACAAGAACAAGAACACUUAACUGAUUUUUAGUAAUAAUAAUAAAUAAUAAAUAAAUAAAUUAUUAUUGUUUAUAAUAAGAAUUUUUUUUUUUUUUCACAACAAUCAUCAGAAAGUACAUGUAUUUCUGGUCACCAAAACCUAUAUUAUUAAUUGCAGUUUAAGCUUAAACCCAUUUUCAGGACUGUGUUUGUUUGUCUUUUCCAGACUCAGCUUCUUAUAAUAUUGUCAGACCCAGUGGCCAAGAGAAAGGUAUAGUGCAUUCAAUAUUGAUACUGACUGUGUACAUCAGGUAGAACUUGAUGUAUUAUUGAGAUUUGCAAGUGCAUUUGACUGCUCUCAAUCCUAGGCUCUCUCCUUUGGCAAUUUGUUUUUUAUUUCAUUUGUCACAAAAAAAUCUUCCAGACCCAGUUGUUCAAAAAGUGGAAAACAUUUUUUUUUCACUGGAUAAAUCUCUAUCCCCUGGAUAGUGCAAUUGGAUUCGCUAAAGGCCGACUUAGACAGUACGAUUUUAUACUUACAACUAUCGUAUGUGACUAGCAUUGUAUGUAAAACUGUGAAAGGUUUGAACCCAGGAGUCAUUUCAAAAGUAGGUUGAGUUUGAUUGUCCAGGUGAUCAUGGUCCUGAAUAAGACUGUUGUUGUUGACAGUGACUGAUGACCAUUUUAUCAAGCAAAUCACCAAAAUUCCAGUUGCAAUGCAUGACAUCUGGGAUGACAAGUGUUGAUGAAUGGUCUUUUUCAUUAGCUGGUUUAAAUAACAACUUAAGUUGAUGCAUCUACAUGUGAAUAUAUUAUUAUUUCCUUUUAGUAUCAGCAACAAGUGGCUGUUUUCAUUGUUGGAUUUGAAAACCUCUGUGGCCGUAGAGCAAGGGUUCGUUUUAAUAUUUAGCAAUUAUGAAUUGGAUUCUUUUUGUUAAUUCAUUCAAAAUAUUUCCAAGCUCAAAACCUGCUCAAUUCUAUGUGUAGUUCCAGUGUUCAAAAUCCAUUUAGUUACCUGUGUGUCCCUUGGCAGUUUCAGGACAGGAAGGACUGUUCAUUCUAGCAGAUAUUCUUCAUAAAUUAAAUUAUAGUAGUUGUCAUCCACUAAGUAGUACAUGUACAGUGUAUCUUUGUCAUUUUUUUAAGGCUGCAGUAGUUCAGCUAUUUUCAUCUCGUUUGAAGUCUUCCACCACUUUCCACCGGGCUUGAGACCUUAUUUCUCAUCACCUUUACAUGUGAAAUACAAUACAUGUACAGUGUAUUAUUAUUUUACCACAACAGAGUAUUUUCAGUGUAAUACACUGUGUAUGGUGUUGCUGAAUGUAUUUUGAAGUGCUGACAUUCAGAUUUUAUCAAUUGUUUGGGGAAUGGAGCCUUUAAGAGGAUAACUUCAUGUGCUCACUAUGCUACAGGUGACAGUAUAUUUAAAACUCAGACUCAAAGUAAAACUUAAAAUGUAAAGCCCCCCUCUCUCUUGCUGAUGCUUUAAUCAUUUUUAUUUAAUUUUGUACUUCUAAUAUAUAUCAUUCUUCAUUCUUUUGCAGCUUUUAGCCCAAUUACAAGAGGUACAUGUACCCUUUUAUUAAUGUUUGUUACGUAUUUUCAGUUAAUACUGCAGUAAAUUUAUGCAUUUACAUUGUAACCACUUGAAUGUACAGCUGUACAAUAAUAACUAUUAUUAUUCCUUUUGUAAAUAUAAUCUAUCUUCCUUUCAGUUUUUUGUUCAAAAUGGGCGAGGGGAAGAAGACUUUGAAGUUGAACCACCAGACUUUGACAUUGAAUAUGUUGGUGCUAAUGUCCGGUAAAAAUAAUAUUCUUGUACACGUUUACAUGUAACCAUGUUUCGGUUGGCACUUCCACUAAACAACAUGCACCUCCUGUAGGCACAUAUAUACACUUACCUAAGCUGGUCCCAGCAACAUAGAUUGCAUUUUGAUUUUACAUGGAAGAAUUCUUGUACACUGUACUUUGACCACUAUUAAAAAAUAAAUGAAAAUUUUGACUCAGUAACCACUUUUACCAUACUUUUUUAACAAUUUAAUAUUGUCUUAUGCUCCCUUGUGUUUAAUUGUGAAACAAUUUUUGGAGAAAAUGGAUCAAAAUCAAAUGCAUUUACAUUACAGAAGAAGAAAAGAACAACUUUUUUGAACAACAAUCAGGAAAAGAGACAAUUACAUGUAAUAUGAAAAAAAAUCAAGUAUAGCUUCAACUCAUAAAUGUUAACAAAGCCGUGGAUAGUUCCUCUUUGUGUCCAGAUGUGUUACAUGGUGAACAGAAAUGGCUUAGAUGCUUGUACUGUAGCUUAAGGUGGCUCCCUAGAGUAAAUUGGCCGUGCGCAGCCUGAGCACUAGUAUGGCGCGAGCUUUAAAAUCCGCGCGAUGUCCAUGCAAAAAUUAAAACAAACUUUGAAAUAUUUCAACCAAAAAACUUUAUUAACUUUCUGUUGAAGCUCAUUGUGCAAAAAGCUAGUUUGAUUAGUGUAGGUCAAACAUUUAUAAGAGGAGACAAUGUUACACCGGUUACAAGUCACUAUUGAUCUCCAUAACAGUAAAUUGUAUGUAAAAACAAAGCAGAAAUUUUCCAAAGACAUCAAUUCUUUCGCUUCAAAAGUAGACAAACAUUAAAUAGUCGAAGUAAAUGGUGAGUGGAAACUUUACUUAGAAAACAAAGAAGUAAGUACACUUACCCAGAAGGAAGCAAUGUUGCUGUUUCUGGCUUUUGGUUCACAGUCAGUGGAAAGAUCUGAAAGAUCGAGCCAAUUCCCGACCAAACACUGAAGAUUGUCUUCACUGGUGGAGCUCCUCAGUCACUUUAUUUCUCUUACAUUUGAUUUGAUUUAAGUAAUUCUAGAAGUGGCUUUAAGACAAGAUAACAGGGAGUGUAAAUUUUUUUUUGUUUUGCCGACUCUAUCACAAUGUUUAAAAAACUUAUCAGAAAAAAGGUUUCCCACUUAACCUGCAUCCUAAUUGAAGGAACCUUUCCAUCGACGAACCAACAUCCUUGUAUUUUUUUACUUGUUUCAAACGUCCUUCAACGCACAUGCAAGAUGCACUAGAAAAUGUUUUUGCAUAACGAGAAAUAAUUUUUACUCACAGAUUGAUCCUUGACAAAAACAAUAGUUGUCCGUCGAGACCUGCGGUCUUGUACGUGUAGCUGAGGACAUGAUGUACGAUUUAUAGAUCAGCGCCAUCUUCUACAGCAGACUUUUAAAGAAAAACUUUGCCAUCAAAAUUAUCCCUAAAGAAGAAAAAGGUUGAAAAAGUAUCCGGAAGUGGGCUGACAUUUGAAGAUCUGCAAACAGUGUACAGCAGAUUAGGAAAUGAAGGGCUUAUUGCGAUCCUUGCACAACCACCGUCUUCAUCUCCGACGAUCACCAUCCUCACGAGUGACCACCACGAUUCGAAUUUUAACACAGUAGUCAAGUACUUCAAAGAAAACAUCAUGUCAUGCUUGCGCGCGUAUUUUGCUCACAUGUCCCUGAACCACGCGUGUUUUUCGGAUUUUUGUGAUGUCAGAGCAGUUAAUUAACCGUGAAUUUUUCGCGUUUCCUUCGGUAAAUUUUUUUAAAAAUCGCCUCAUUUCUUAACAGUCACAGUACCUUUGUACUGUUAUUUUUUUGUCAAAAUCUGUAAGAGCUAAACUCCUCUAUUAAGAAAAAUCACAAAUUUCAAAAUACUGUCAAAACCGUCUUAACGACCCCACGUUUUUUCCACUUUAAAAUGUUAAGCUAUAUUGUUAAUAUAAAGUGGCAAAGUUUAAAACAUUUCACCGCAGGAAAUUAGAAAUAUUAAGGAAAAAUGGGCAAAAAUGACAAAAUUACUGCCUGUUUAAGGAUGUGAUGUUUCCAUGGCAACGGCCUUAAUCCUGAAAAUGAAAUUUGAUGAAGGAGCCUUCUUAUAUGGGUAACCUUAGCGGUGAAUCUUGUGAACAAAAUCGCAAAGACAAAGUAACUAGAUUUCCUUCUGUAACGUAUGCUUGUUAGCUUGGAUUAUUAGUAAAUACUCUAGGGAGCCACCUUAAAAGGGCAUUUUGUUUGCCAAACCUCUGCUUAUGGGCUUAUACUGAUUCAGUGUCACUUUUCUUGAAGCUAAGGCCUCCUGUUAUGUGCAGUACCCCCCCCCCCACCCGCUACCCUACUCUCUUAUCCCAAGCCCCUACCGCUUCCCCCACACAUGUGCAUGUACAACAUACACACAUUGGUAAUACCCACCGUAUUCUCCUAACACAAUGUUUUGAAUUUGCUGUUUAAUAGUGAUAUUUUUUUUUGUUUACCUAAUAGAGAAGCCCUGGACAAAGCAGAAAAAGCAACUGAAAGACUGGCAGCUGUUUCAAAAGAUGUGAUUAAGGCUCUUGAAUUAGCAAAUCCUAAAGAAACCAAAAAGUAAGUGAUCAGAAUUCUUAACACGUUUAAAAUAAAAAGAGAACUUUAAACUUGAAUGAUUGUCAGUUGUAUUAACUCAGACGAUUACACAAUGGUCUCAAAAACUGUGAUGAUAUAAUGUUGCUUGAUCUUGAAUAUAAAUUAUUUCUAGCACAAUGAAACUUAAGUGUUUGUUUAUUUUUCAAAGAAACAAAUUUUGAAGGCAUUAGUUGGUAUUUACAAAUAUAACUCAGUUUUAGACUUGAAUGACUGUCAAAGAUAUAUAUUAUUAUUACUACAAUUCUAGACACUUAUUAAGUUUUGCCUUAAUGAUGUUGAAAGAUAUGGCAUGCAUACAAUCAAUGAUAAUUAAUUGGCUCCUUUGUUCUCAUCUCAUGACAGUAUUUCAAGUUUAUUGUUUUUAUGAUAAUUUCACUACAGUUGCUAGGCAUUUUCAAGAGAGCAUUCUGAUUUCAGUUAAACAAAACCCCUUUGAAAGGAAGAGGUCAUAAGGGUAGUCAGCACGGGUUUCAGAUUAUCAGGUUUCAGUUUUCUUGAUAAACAAACCAUUUGGUUAAUUAACAACGCAAGGGUUUUGAAUCUCAAGGUUUGCAUGCUACUUUAGCUGCUGAUUAAGGGUAUGUUAGUUUUUGAGUGAUUUAAUAUCUGUUAGUUAUCACUUCAUAGUCUAUUUGUUCAAAUUAAUUAAUAACUAUAGUGUUUGAUCAACUGUAUUUUAACACUGUAGGGAAGUAAUUGUUCACUUUCGUGGGUUUUAUUCUGCUACUAUUAUCACAUUUGGUUUACUUCAACUAGAAGAUAGCUACCAAACAGGAAAUAAUGGUUUUGGGGGGAGGUUUUGUUCUUUUGUGAUAGCAUGUUAUAAACUAAUAUUAAAAAAGGUUUGUGAGUGCUAAUCUAAUCCAACAUACAGGAACUACACUGUAAAAGGUUUGUUGUGCCAAAAAGACUGUAUAGUAGUAAUCAUAUGCUACAAUGUGGUGUAAAUGAUUCCUUGCUAGAUGAUUGUGCACAAACUCAGCUGCUGUACAUAAAAGCCACUUCAUUUUCUUUUAUGUGUAGAUUUAGCUUUCAUUAUACUUGACUUUGUGUGUGUACAUGUAUUUUACACUGUACAUGAUUGCAUGUUUUAAUAAUUAUAACUGCAAGCAUAAAAAAGCUUUUUUUUAACUUUAUAAAAUCAAAAUCUUACAGCAGAUUGUCAACUAUAUGUACAUGCAUGCAUAGUUCUGUAGAUAGUGUUGAUUGUUCAUGCAUUUACUUGUUUUGUAUUCUAAGGGAUGAGUAGUUUCCCUACAAUAAACAUGACUGUACACUGCCUGUGUUCCUUAUGAUCAAUGUUUACUUUGAUUUUAUCUGAUACUAUUUUGCUGUUGGUGGUUUCAUUCCAGAGGAAAAAAGAAACUUGAGAAAGCUCUUCAACAAUCCCAACAUGAUAUUAUGUCACUGACAGAAAAGUUAAUCAGGGUUCAAAAUGGUAGGUAGAUAAGAGUUAUAAAAGUUAUCUGUCAAUUACUUUUUUGCAUUAUUUAUAACACUUAUCUUGCAUUAUAUUUACAUGUUUUUUGAUAAUACAAAGGGAAGGGAAGUGAAUAUCCAACAUGGAUUUAUGAAAACUUUGAGUUGAAUUUGCACUAUAGAAGUGAAUAAAUUAUUUAUUAAAUUAUUAUUCAUAUUGUGUCAUCAUGUAGGAUUUUUAUCUGUAGGAUUUUUUGCAAUCAGGAGCCUGAGGCAUCUAAGUUACAUUUCCAAGCUGCAUGUACUCUGAAAUUAUAGGGAAUUCAAGACUAAAAAGCUGGAAAAUCCAGGAUGCAUGAAUCAUAUGAAUUGUAUGAAAUUGUAUAAUUGUAUUAAAAACUAAGAUUUCCUAGUUUACCAAAUUAUGCUCUUCCCCCGAUCAGUGCCCAUCAGAAACUGCACGUCUGAGUGUUAAUAUAUUAUAAAAAAAGUAUAAGUUGUUGAAAUAAUUUUUCUGAAUGAUAUUAUUGCAGAUCUUGAAGACAGUGAAGGGAAAAUGUCUCAAAUGUACAAAUCCAUGGAAAUGAAACAAGUGGAAAUUGAAAGGUAUUCUUGGUCUACAUUAACUAGCACCUGUUCACGUCUGAUACAUGUACUGUAUACAUGUAAUAGAAUUUAUGAAAAUUCAUAGCAUUUUACUGUAAAAAUAUCAGUUCACACAAGUUGAUUAACAGACCAGAGGUUUAUGUUAUAAAUUCCUUAUUCAAUCUGUUGCAGGCUUAAAGUUCAAGGUGAAAAUGCAAAAGUAAGUGAUUUUAUAGUUUUGCAAUGUAACUCUUUACUAUUCUGUGAAAUUUUGUUCUUCUUCAUUCGUUUUAAUUCCCUUUUCAUGUAGUUAGUAGCGUUUAAGAACCAAGCUGAGUUCUAGAUCAGUCCAUUCAGUACAAUAUCUAUUAAUUGUGGUUUAAUUUAAUGAAAAUUAGUACCAGAAGGAUAUUGAUACAUUAAACCCAAUCGAUCUAACCCAGGAGUUAUUAUUUAACAUAGUUGAUUAAUCCUGUGUGUGAUUCACCAUGAGCAGUUAUUUUCAUUCGUGGUGAAAUUAAUGAGUAUCAACUCCCUGUAUUAUUCAUUUUGUAUACAGAAAGCAGCUGAGACAGUGAAGGAACUUAAAACUGAAAUUGCUGUAAAGGAAACAGAUCUUCAAAGAGCUCAUAAGGUAAUUUAAAUGUUAUUAUUUUUUAAAGCAUGUAUAGUACAUGUAGUUUUUGAUGCCUUUGUAAACUCUCUAUCUUUGUCAGACUCCUAGGAAAAGGGCGGCAGGUCAUUUGAAAAAAAAAAUUAUGUCUGUAUUGAGUAUGAAAAUACAUGUAAGACCUGAGUGGGUCUAAAUUUUUAAGUGUUAUUGCAUUUCCAAUCACUUUUGUAUUUUUAACCAACUUGCCCUUGAGCUUUUGCCAAACAGACAAGCUGUUUGAAGCUAGUCGAAAUUUUUUCUGGCCAUGUGGCUACAAAGAAGCAAAACUACGCAUGGUGAAAUAUUGCUUACAAGUCCAAAUAAUUUAUUUACAGCCUUCAGUUUCCAUUUUUUUGGGCAUAGACAGAAGGCAAAAUUUUGAGAUACAAUGUAGGUAUGGGGAAAAAAGUGACAUCACCACCUCAACUGAAAUGAUUGGAUGGGUAUGGGACAUACAUUAAAAUUCAGUGGAGAUUUUUGGUUAUACACUGUAGUUACAUGAUUGUGUUUUUGCAUUUUCUUGGCUGUCUUGGAUGACUUGUCUGUGAAAGUUUCACUCUGCAAAAGGUUGCUAGUUUUAGUAUCCUGUCAAACUCAGGAGAGAAUCAACAACUGAUAUAUUUCAAGGAUGAUGGUUGUGUAUUGUAGAUUGGCCAAUCAAAAUAUUGCAGCUCAGAAAUCAUAAGCGCACAAUAAAACCACAAACUGGUUAUCAUUGCUGCUUGUUGUUUAAGUUUUCACACUUCUCACUCAACAUUUUCCUUGUAAGGCUGCAUGCAAAUGGACGCAACAACUCCCAAUGUUGCCCCAACAAUGUUGGGAGUUGUUACGUGCAUGUUGGCAGUGGUGUGCAAACGGAUGCAUAACUCCCAACAAUGUUAGGACCUGCAGUGCAUCGUGGGAAGGAUACAACCCAUAAGUCUUUGUAAACCAUGCGUAAUGAGCAUGCGCGGCCCCAAUGAUGUUGGAAGAGCUGUGCAAACGGAUCCAACAUUGUUGCGCUACGCUUCAGCAAUCAAGGAGCAAAAGAAAUGUUGGGAGUUGUUGGCUGAAAAGUUUGACCGGUUUCAAACUUUGCACAACAACACGCAACAACAUCCAACAACAUGCAACAGAGUGUGCAAACAGAUGCAACAUGUAACAUCCAACAAUGUUGGGAGGUGUUGGUCAACAAUAUUGUGUCCUUUUGCAGGCAGCCUAACACAAUAAUUAUACAUUUCGUUAAAUGUUUCUGAUGUUCAUGAUUUUCCAAGUGUUAACAGGAUACCCUGUAUUUAGCUGACACUCACCUCUGUAAUAUUUCCUGUAUUUAGAGGGCACUUGUUUGAGUGUAAACUGGUGAGAGUAGGGAAGGUGUCCACAAUAAUACAAAUUUCACUUGUUAUAAACAAUAUACAAUAUGUAUUUGAGUGAAGUUUUUGUGAUAUCCAGAAUUAUCAGGGCCAAGGUACAUGUACAUGCACAGUACAUGGAAGUGUUAACUGCCAUUAAUUUUAAUUAGGCUUACAGCUGUACUUACAGGGCUUAAAGUCAAGUUGGUUCAAAUUUGACCUUAGUCUUAAUUAUUUUGUUUUUGUUACAUUUUACACCCUCUCUGUGGUAAACUUAUACAACUUCAGGAAUGUUUUUGUGAAAUUCAUCUUGCAAAAUCAUGUCACAUGUAUGUGUGUCCAUUUUAGACAAUUGCUGACUUGGAACUUAGUGUAGCUCAUCUAGAAGACAAACAAGAAAGGGAUUUUGAAAAACACAAGAAAGUACGAGAGGACAACCAGGUAAUGAUGAAUAAUGAAUUUGAGUUAUUUCAAGAAAGCAAUGCACCUUUUCAGUUCUUAAAUAAUGACUGUAUGUCUUAAAUUAGUCUUCACUUCCCUCCACCCAAAAAGUAACUCGCACACAUUGUACUGUUACCAAACCUUACUGUUUUUAGUACAAACUGUAAGUGUAGAAAAUGUAAUGAUGAUAACAACUUUAUAAUUAUAUUUCUUUUUUAACUUGUUUCUAUAAUUUAUUUGCUGCCUGUUUCUAUAAUGAAAUUAAGCAGCCUGAUUGAAGAGGUUCAUGGGAUUUCUUGACUUAAGCUUUAUAAUCAGUCUCUAGUAUCCAAAAGAAAAAAAAUUCAUUCCACUAGUGAUUAUGCAAAAUCAAAAUGAGACUAUAGGGUCUGUUCACGGCGGCCAUAUUGGAGGAGAAAACAAUGAAAAUGAAAUUUUUUCUUAAAGGAAAUCGUUUUAUUAUUUUACUCCUCCAACAUGGCUGCUGCGUGCAUACUCUAUAAAAAAGGUUACGCAUGUUUCCUUGAUCAACUCAAGGCUUGGAAAGUAAAGGUCUGGCUGACAUACCCUCCCAGCUGACAAGUGAGGUAACAUUAAUCCUGCCUGUUUCUACUUUUGCUUGGUUUUUGAGGCAUGUCCUAAGACAGAGUUAUUUCCCAUGCCUUCUUUACCAUAUCAUGAGUAAAAUAGAAUUUUACACCUGUUUCAGUUAUUUUUGAGGUAAUGGAUAAAUUUAUAUUCUUACAAUGUACAUCAUAAAGAAAAAUUGUUUUGAAUCUUGCCUCCACUUGAAUAAAAUAUUCGUUUUCUUCUAAUAUUAAUGCUUCUUGAGACUGCUAAUACAUGUAUUAUUUAACAAUAACUUUAUUCUACAGCAAAUAGAAGUACCAUCAUCAAGGAUUAUAUUUGUUGUUAGUUUUGCUUUAUUUUUUUUUUCACUUUUCAGCACAAUAGUCUAUUUUAAUAGUCAGUCAUAACCCACUGUUUCGAGUGUUUCUUAGCAAGCUGGCAAUUGCUAGGCUUUUCUAGCCACGUAUAGGCUUGUGCUAGAGUCUAUUGUGGCAUUCAGAGAAGGAAGAGGGCUUUGGGGCCCGGGGGGAAUCCGUAUAUGAAGGGGGUGGGGAUGCUCGUUGUCUCGCUUAGGGGUGUAAAUUUCAGAUUUUGGUCUCGCUUAGGGUGUUCUGGGCAAAACACCAUUAUAUUUAGCCUUAAAGGUCUCUUUAAGGGUUGCACUUGAAGAAAUAUUAAAAAAUUAUGUAUUUUCAAUUCGUUUUAUUCACUCGAUUCAUGUAAUCAACGUUCAAAAUGAUAGCUUUCAGGGGUCAAAAAAGCGUUGGGCCACGCCCAGAUUGGUCUCCUUUAGGGGUUAAAUUCAAAAUUUCCGACGAGCAUCCCACCCCUUUCAUAUGCGGAGUCCCCCCCUCGGGCUUGGGGGGGGGGAGCAAGCCUUCCACCUACUUUCCUUAUCUUUCCUGUUCCUCUCCCUCUCCAUAUCAUCUCACACUUUUUUCCUAUCAAGAGUACUCUUACCAACUGAAGUCUACAUUACAUCACAGUUAAAUUAAACUUAAAAGUUAUGACAUGAAUUUGUGGAACGUCAGUGCAGUUCAUAUACAGCGUCACGUGAGAGUCACAUCACAGUUAUAGACCUAUCUUUUGCAGUGGCUAAAAGAAAGCCUGAAAAAAAUCGGCCUGAAAAAUGUCAGCCUUCCUGUACAAGGCAUUCUUUUUGCAUUUACAAAAGUUGCACUUAUGACUACCAUUAUUAUGAUCCUCUUCAAAUUUCAUUGUUCUCCCUGUAGGACUUUCAUAAAUUAGUCAUUAUUUUAGCCAAUUUCUACAGGCAUCAUUGCUUGAUUCCUAUAAAAUUAUUUGAUAGUCUUUGAGAGCUCGAGCAACAAUGUCUCCAUAAACUAACGUCAUCAACAAAUUAAUAAUCGUCAACAGUAAAUAUUUCUUCUUUUUUUUCAGAAAUCAAAGGAUAUCUAUGAGGAAAAAAUCCGCGAUCAACAGCAGUACAUAGCAGAUUUAAGAACAGGUAUGCAUAAGGAAAUAAAGGUUUGGAAUAGUGGUACUAAAUGCUUCAUACAAUAACGCUAACCUUUUGAUUUACGUGAAACAGCUUUUCUUCCUUUAGUCUGACUGUGUAGAGUGAUAAUAUUAGAAAAUUUCAUCGCUUUUUUUGCUAUUUUAGAAAUAGUUUGGUAUUUUGUGGUAAACUUUCUACUUAUGCUGUUCUAGAAUUAAAGCAACAUUAUGACGUUCAAGUUAAAGAACUUGUAGGAAGCCAUCAGAGAGAACUUACACAGCUUAGAGAUGACCACAAAGUAGAGAUCAGCAGGAUGCAAAAAGCACUUGAAGUGGUAGGUUUGCUAAAACACAAUACCAAGAAAGUCUGUUUUCCUGCUUUGGAGCCGUGAACAUAUUUUCGUUUGUUUGUUUUUUCAUGUCCUUCACUUAGCUAACAGUGUCAAAAAAAUCUGCUGCACAUAACACUCAUCCUUAUUUCUACGCCCACAUUCAGUAGUGCUUAAAAACUUUAUGUAUACUCAAGGCAGUGUGACAAAUUAUAGUAACAAAAAUACUUUGUGUAGUGUCACUAUCAACAGAGAGAUAAUAGUAUCGCUCUUUGGGAACCAUCAGGAGGAAAUGAUCAAGUCUGAACAUACACUGACUGCAUAAAGACUGAUAUUAGUACAAAUUGAAGGAUUUCAUAUUAACAUCUCGGGGGUUUUGUUGUUUGGUUCGCUUAAGUUUUGUGUACGUGAGAGAUGUUGCGUGGCUAGCUCGACGUGCAUGUCGCACUUGCUGUACAGUUAUUCUACAAACAACUGUCGAAGUAAUUACACUUUCCUUUUGACAGGCGAGAAGAAAAAGUGAAGAGCUCAAGUCAGAGUUGUCGGAUUCCAGCAAACGUAAUUCACUAAUAGCUGAAUCUGGCUCAAGUAAAAGGAGCAGUCUGUUUUCACCAGAGGGUUCUGAUGGUGGAGAAGCCCCUCGUAAAUUGUCCCUCAAAUCUUCAGCGCAGGCUGUCAGGUUCUUGAACAAGGGUAGAAACAUGGUAAGUAUUUGCAUAUCCCUUGAGUGGUACGUUAUUAAGUACUUGGUUCAUUAAGAAUAGUGUUUGUUUGAGAUGAUGUGUCUGUAAAAUUGUAUACUCCUUGUGGGGUGGAGAUUUUCGUUUUUGAUUGAAGACUUGAGUUUGCGUGCUUUUCCGAAGAUCUGUUCAGAUUCUUCUGUUGAGACUUGACAACUAAGGCAACGAUUAAAACUAUGAAUGUUCAAAGAACGUGUGUUAAAGGAAAACAAUAUACACGUUGUAAAGCAAUUCAACAGUAUGUUAGUUGACUUCAUUGAGUUCAAGAAGGUCAACGGUGCUAUUUUGCAUUAUACUACACUUCCUAGAAUGGUCCAAAAAGCCUGUCUACUUUGUGAACACUUCAAAGCGUUCAUUUCCCAAAUCAAAGCUUUCAGUAAUCCGUGAUAGCUUAGGAUUGUCUCCAGUCAACGUCAUCCUCAGUCAUAUUCUUCAUUUAUUGGAUGCUGUUUCGGUUGACUCCUGUCUUACGGUGUAGGUUGACGCAUACUCUUUUGAGGUUGACACAUCCAAAGCUGUAUUUAUAAGCAUCGAUGUUCUAGCUAUCUAAAAGCUUGCUUGAGAACACUGUUUUUGCAUCCCUUUAUCUGGAGAAUAGACGGUCAUUUCUAUUUUCAGGUAUAAGGCGAUGCCUUCGCCCUCAGAUGAUAUUUUAAGUCUUUAAGGUUUGGUCUGUCCGGCCAUCCAGCCGGAGACAUUUGCUAUGCACUAGCGCUUUUCCAACUGAGCUAAUUGUACCACUGCGAGGAUCAAGACCACGUAAUGAAUUUAUUAAAACGAUUUCUUUUGUCAUAUUUUGUUCAUUUGCAGAGUGAUGCAGGAUCAGGCUCAGAGCAAAGUGACAACGCAUCAACCCCACAAAGUAACGCCAAGGCUCCAAGUUCACAAGCAUCGCCAUCUACUGAAGCUACUCGAGAGAAUACCAGUGAUAGCGUGCAAGGUAAAGUAUCUCUCUCUCGGAGGGGAUCCAAAAAUGACAAGAGCAAGAAAGAGAAAUCAUCAAAAGAAACUUCUGAUAGACCUGUCAAAUCUAAGUCUCCUGACAAGCCCCCCGCUGUCGUGGAACCAUUGGAGAAGUCGGUGGGAGGAGAGGGUAGUUCAGAAAAGAAACAGAGUGACUCAACACUAGUUCAAGGUAACUUAAUUCCUAAAAAAGGUAUACUAGAAGGGGGUACGUGUAGCUAAAAGAAGUGGAUGUGUUAUAAGAAUUUGUUUCCAAUUUAGGAUUAACAUGUUCCUUUAUGUUUAAACCUUAUUUAUUACGAUGUUAUGAUUAAAAAAAGAAGAGAAAGGAAAAGAGAUCGAUCCUUCUCUAUCUCGAACCUUACAUCACCAUUUCUCAAAAGAUUUGGAACGCAGUGGAAACGCUCUGAACUGAUUCUUUUAAGCAUCUUGGUUUAUGUGAAUGUUUUGUUUUAUUUUAUUGCGGACUCAUUGCAAGCCGGCUCUCUAUUAAAUGUUGCAGACUUGUUUGCAUUUUUGACGUGUGUUAUAGAAGCCACUCCUUUAGAGCCAUAUACGUGUGUAGCUAUGGUGAAAGUCAUUUCCUUAUCCUUCAUUUUGCAGUUACAACCUCUGUUGAGAUGGUGGACGUUGGGAUUCAGAGUGAAACAGAAGACUUGAGUGACACUGAGUUAAGUGCCCCUAUCACAGCUGAUAGGAAACCAUCCUUGCUUGAAGCGGUACCAGAAGAAGAACACGAGGACGAUGAAUUGGUAAUUACUUUAUUUACUCCAGAAAGCAAGGAGCUUGUACACCUUGUUGCAAAAUGGGGGCAAACUACUCUUCUUUUAUAUUUAUGUCAAUUACUCUGACCCUCUUUGCUUACCUUCUUUGGCUUUGGCAGAAUUCAAAAGAAAUUUUUCCUUGAUUUGAAGCAGGUUGUUUUAGAGCAAGUUGUAAGAGCAUCAUUCUUGGCUUGCACGGUCCCAGAGUGGAACCAUCUGCCCCUUAACAUUGAUUCGGAACACUUCUUUUAAAGAAUGCCUUAAGUCUUCCCUUAUGUGAGACCAAGACAUCAACGAUUUAAUCUGUAAAAGCCAUUAUUAUGACUAAAUAGCCGCUGACCGUUCGCUGUACACAAAUUUUCCCAUGUGGUAGCCUUUCACAGUGUUAGAUUUAGAUUUAGAGGCAUCGAGGGCCAGGUAUCAUAAAGACAAAAGAAUAACAUAACUUGACGCCAUCUUGAAAUAUGGUGUAUUUGGUGACAUUGCACUUAUUCGUCUUUUUUUAUUGAAGGAAUCAAUAUCUAAAGAAGAUCUCAUUGGAAAGUUAGAGGAUUACAAGGCUAAGGUAUCAACUUUAUUUAUCCAUGUAUUCACAUGGACCUUUGAAAAAAUCCGGUUACAAAUAUCAGAUUCUGUUAUUUCUUUUGUUUUUUUAUCAUUUACUACACCUUAUCUUCUUUGUAUCAUUCCAGGCACAGGAAAGACAGAAAAAGUUAGAGUUAGAGCUUGCAGAAUUAAAAAACAAGGUACGACCUUUGUCAUGAUUUUUUUUAUUUGUUCUUUCUGAUUGGUCGGCCAUCAGUAAUGACCAGAGCUUAUUACGUUGUUACUCGGUGAUAGAUUUCUUACCUCUAAAGCAUUGAUUUUGUAGCUUAAAAAUUCCUUUCGAGUCGCUAGAGAUUUUGACACUUUCAGACGCAUGGUCUGUUUGCUUUUAUCCGUAGUAUAUGAUGAAAACAAAUGCCCUGAAAAAACAAAAUGAAGAGUUUCAAAACAACUUUCAAAAGGUAAGUAUUUUUGUUUUAUUCUUUUUGAUAUUACAUUUAAUACUCGAUCUCUAAGGUAGAUGCUUAUAUUGUAAAUUAUACCCGUCCUAUUUACGGAAAAUAGGAAAAAGAAGCCAUGCUCAACAGAAUCAAGGAUGCUGAGUUACUCAAAGUAAGUUUGAUAUUGUAGUUUGUUUUCUUUUAUUUUCUGAUCCACCUACUCUUAAUCGUCCGCAAUAUUCUGCUUGUUUUAAGGUGUAUUACCCGUCUUUUGUCAGUUCUUUUAUUUCUGUUCGUGUGUUCCUUUAUAUAAAUUGCGUUCAACUAGUAUUUCUGUUAUCAUUCGCCCUUGGCCCAAUUCAUUACAACACAGUGUAUGUAAUGGCAAUCGCAGUUCACUCUUAUCUUGAGACUUGCCAUCUUCUCUGUUAACCUUCAUUUAUGUUUUUCUUAUUUCUGUAUUCAGGAACAGGCAGAAAAAGAGGUAUGAACUCUUACUCUACGUGCAAACGGACGCAACAACUCCCAACAUUGCUGGCCCAGUAAUCUUGGGAGUUGUUGCGUCUGUUUGCACGAAGCUUAACGUUUGACCUGUUUCAAACUUUGCGCAACAACUCCCAUCAACACUCAACAACAUACAACAGGAUGUGCAAACGGACGCAACAUGUAACAUCCGACAAUGCUAAAUUGACCUAAACUUGUCCUUUGAAAGUUAUGCGAGCCUCCUAAUAGUUUUAAGUUGUUAGAUGUCAGCUAUAAUGGUGUGACCAAACGUUGCUUAUCCUCUUUCUGAGAAUCUAGAAGACUGAUUCAAAGCAACUCAUUAAAUAAAACUGAGUAUUAAAACAAACAAAAUGAGACUGAUGUUGAAUAAAAGCCAGUACUUUACAGUAGGUCUUGAUUAUUUAUAUUGCAAGUAAGUUUGUGUUCAUUGUCCACUUAUUUGAUUUCUUUGUAGGCGGAACAGGCCGUUUUGCAGCUGGUGAGUUCUCCUAGAUGAUAUUUUAUAUUCAAUUUCGUCUUGGUAUUUAACCUAUGUUUCUAAAAUGGGACAUAAACUUACAGUCUUAUUAUGUUUCUGACGUUUAGCGUAGUGUUUUUCACAAAUGCUAUAGGAGUGAGCAACGAUUAUUGUGGAGAGUCUCAAAGUUCAUUCCAAGAGAGUUGUUCAUUUAAUAUAACAAACAUCUCUCGUUCAAUAUGAGCAGGCAUAAGUACUCAAACGUCAUUCCAAUUUCUUUCGAUUUUACUGAUUCUCGGAUGUACCUCUUUUCUCUGUGUUACGCAUUAGAGUACGUUGUACAUACGAUACUUUUAAUACAAACUUACGAAAGUAAAACGAAAUGUAAUGUCUACCAUUACCUGCAGAAAGACUCAACACUUGGUCAGUUCAUGUAGAUCUAAGCGAUAAGUCUGCGUAUUGUAUGUCUUUACAAUAAUCAGCAAAGUAAUACGAUGUUUUUAGUAAUUGUGUUAGUCAUUCUAACUGCCCAGCUAAUCAGAGCGCAUGCAUGCUGUGAUACAGUGUCUCUGAAUUCACACUUUAACUGGUGUAAUCUCUUUUUCUCACAGGAAGAGGUCCUUGCAGAACAGGAGGAAAUGGUAAGAUACUACUCAGGAUGUCGUUACUAGAUUAUGUUUACAGUACGGUCGAAACCUACCUAAAUUCAAUUGAUUUGGCUGAUUAAUGAUUCUUUUCACAGAGACGAGUAAAAGAGAAAGCUCUGCAGAACAGACAGGAAGAGCAGACCAUGACUGGACUGUCUCUGUAUGAUAGACGUGAAGAGGAAACCAUGACGAACGGAUCGUCAUUUGAUAAACAAGAACAAGAAACAAUGACAAGCAAGUCUUUAGCGAACAUGCGAGAGGAACAAACAAUGACUUCCAUGUCCAUAGAAAGAGACCAGGAUCAGGUACAGGUACAGCAGCUCAUACUCUAGCAUCACCAACCCUCUGUAGAAUUAUUAACAUCUGGCCCCGGUUGUUCAAAAAGUGGCUAAAGGGGCUGUGUCACGGCAGUCCAGCUCAUUUUGUUUAAUUUUGCCAAUUACUCGCCCUCAAUCGCUAUGGAACUUAAAGUAAGCAAAGAAAUUACAGGUAAAUUACAAAAUCAGAGAUCCGAGACAAACAAAUAUGUCUCUUGAGCAUUAUUUUUGAAGUUUCAAGCAGCAGAGAUCAACUUUGAAAAACUGUUAGGCCCAACAUUUUUCCAAAACCCUAAUUUCAAUCCGUUUCAAUCUUCUUCAGUUUUGCCCAUCCGCGGCAUCUGUUAAUUCUGUUAAUUAACAAUUAAUGAAUGAGGCUGAGUAUCUUAUGAAGAAUUAUCGAGAUCGAGGAGGGUGUUACGGCCUCGACGGAUAACACCCUCUGAGAUCCCCAUAAUUCUUCAUAUGAUACGAGAGCCGAAUUCAAUAAUUGUUUUAUUAUUCAUUCAAAAUUAUUCCUAGUUUAAAAACAUGGCUAAAACAUACUUACCUCCAUCGAUCCAUCGAUGUUAAGUUCAUCUCCGAUAGUGCACUUUUAGGUUUGUCCAGCUCCGCAGAUAUCCUCCAAAUAGAAGACCUCGUCCUUCGAGUUGUCUUCUUCCUGUUCUUGCCAUGUUUUUAGCUAUUGGUUCGUCUAGUUCUUACUCUUGAAACGAGUGAAAUGUCCGCCAUUUUUCAAGUUCACAAUCAAAACAACUCAACCUCGUCCCCAGGUCUUCUCGGUUAACGGUGCCUUAACCUGCGAAAACGCUGCAUUUUUGACGUCAUUUCCUCGUUAAACACAAAAUUCUUCCAAAUUUGGUCAUCAGUAACUGGUUAUGGUGAAUUGAACGUGUGCUUUUAGCCAAUCAGAAUCGGGAAAUUAUUUUUGAAUGAAUAAUAAGUUAUUUUAACCUUCCUUUAAAGUUUUUUAACCGCUUAAAAGCGGUUAUUUUUAUGUUUCUCUUAAUUUAACGGGCAUUUUGUAAUUUCCUAAUUUGGCUGAAUUUCUUGACACAGCUCCUUUAACAGGUUUGACGAAUUCUUAUCAGCUGGGUAACGAUUUAUCCGUUGGGAAAAGCUGUCCACCUUUUGGAGGACUGGGGUUUGGUAGCUAUCGCUGUCCAACUGCUGAACAAAGGUGACUUAGGCCGAAUUGGAGGGAACGCGAAGACAAAAUCUUAUCAAAGAGUUUGGGGAACACGACCUCAUUUCAGAACGCCUGAAUUGGCUCAUUGCAAAUUAUACUAAUCUCAUUUACUUUUUAAUCUUAUUGUCAGGCCGUUGAUCCUAAUAGACAUCAUUCAAUUGGAAGUCAGUCCUCUCGCCGUUCCUCUGCUCAGUUUGUAGACACUGCAACAGAGACCGACCAAAUAACUGCGAGGGGACAGAGCCCACGUGAUAGCGGCUUUGAAGGCGCCUCGUCAAGCUUGAAAUUCGAGUCAAGACCGAGCUCAAGUGCUGCUGUUAUCCCCAAAAUUGAUACUGAUGAUGUAAGUAUUGUAUGUGGUACUGAACUGCUAGGUUGGCUUGUAGAUGGGACAAGCGCUGAACUGCAUCUUCCAUAGAAUUGGGGAGCUUAAGCAAGAACGUUUUUGAGCGAAUGCACGUCAACGGAAAGUGAACGUUUGCAUUUUCGGCCGAAUCCUCUUAAUAAGAGUAGAGACACUUUGCAAUAGAAAUUUGGUUGCGGCAAGGCAUAUUAAAAGGAACAAGGCCUUACUUCCGUUUGAUCUGCGUCGCUCAAAGACGUCGCUGCACGUCUAUUGAGAAGUUAAGCAUCACGUUUACGUCAAACGGCGAACGCAAAUUAGUACCAGGUGACCAAGUUUCCCCUUUACUUGUCGUUACUGUUUAUUAUUUCUACACCUAAAUUAGUAGUUUCACGCAAUAGACGAUAUUCGUAUUCCCUGACGGCCCUGGGACGAGAGACUUCACAGCAUGAUUGCGAGGCUAAAGCGGGGAACACAAACAAACAUUGGUUAGUCGCGGCUGAAUCGCUUCAAAACGAUAGAAAUCAGCAAAAAACUGCAAGAUUUAAAAGCUGAAACCUUACGGGUAAGCUAAAGGGAUAUAUGUUUCAAAAAACAAAACUGUGAGAAGAGCUGGUCGUACUAACAGCAAAAUUUAAAAAGCUACGAAGCCAAAAGAAGAAACAGGAAGUAAUCAAGAAAAUGGUAUAUUGUGUCAAAAUGUCAAUACUCGACUCCUUUUCUCCUUUUUUUUUAUACAAUUUUAUUCUUCUUAUUAUUCUUUUCCUCUUGUGUGUAUCUGUAGUGUGGAGUUUAAACUGCUCAGUAUUAUCGUCUGUACCAAACUCUGUGUUCAACUGCGCGCACGUUUUUGUACUCUCACACAGUUGUUAUCCGUAAUGUAACUGAAACUUAAAAAUAAAUUUUACCUAGUCAUCUUUGUUCAAACCGGUUUAACUUCCUUAAAAUGCACAUGGACUGUGUGCAAAACGUUAAGCGCCGUCCUGAUAAGUAAUUAUCCACUGAAUGAGUCGUUUGCGUUACUUCAAAUACACAUUCAAGCUUUUGCAUCCGCUCUGUUAGAAAAUUUCAACUGCAAAGUAGGUGUGAUAACAUCACUGUUAACGUUAUCGCAGGCUUCCGAUAAUUACGUCCAUUUCAAUAAAAGUUAUUCUUCAAAAAGUUUAAAGGACACUGAAAAUUACAAUUAAAAUGUCAUCGGGGAUUUUGAGAACAUCUCUGUUUAUAUUAAAUUAUAAACUCGCUGACCAUUAGCACUCUUUUCAUCAAUAUAAUUAUAAUUUCUUAGUAAUAAUGAGCAGAUCUUCCUUUGUUGUUUGAAAUAAUGAUCUCUCUCAAGUGUGUAAGCCCUUCGGAACUUUACAAUGUUAAGAAUUUUCCUUAAAUUCGGCAAACUCAGCCGCUGUUUCUCAUAUUUGUUUGUCCUCUUGGCGAGAAGUUCCCCGCGUGAGCCUCGCAUUCAUGAUCUAGGCCUACUCGUCCCAGGACUGUCGGAGAAUACGAAUACUGUCUAUUCUCUAUCCAUAAGAACUCUUUUGGGCUGCUUUUAUUUGUUCAUUUUCAAUUUUGAGAAAUUCUCAUCUUGAAUCUGACGUUUUCCGUUUGUCGUAUACGUGACGUUUAAACUCGCCUCUUAUAUCGCUGUAUCAGCGUGUGUUCAGGUAUAGAUCAUAACAUACUAACCGUGCCCAGGCAGUUUGGACCCUGAGUGACAAGUCUUGCAGGUCAGCUUUUAAGAAUGUAAUAAUAUAUGUAAGGCUUUGUAAUAACAUUGAGAAAAGGCUGUUUAGGGACUGUCCUAUGUACUAAAAUAACGGGCCCCUCUUGAUCCAGAAAACAGUUUCUCGGUGUUUUGCGGAGAACGAAUUUGGACCAUUCAUUUGUCUAAAAUAGUCCUCAUGGAUAUCACUGGCGUGAACCAACUUGUUUUUGAGUCGAUAUAAUGAAAGGAAACAGUAAGCAAAGGUAAAACUUGCUCACAUAAUCCAAAUUGACAUUUGGGGUGAACGUGAUUCGUAAUCUCUAAUGAUAUUUUCUUUAAAAAAACUUUGUCCCUUCUAUUCUUUUUAUCUUAGUCUGUAUGUCUUUGCAUCAUGCUAUUAGAAUGUUUUGAAGGUUAUUAACUUGUCUUUACUUAACAGAGUGCCUCUGGGGAGCCUAAAGCGGGGAUGCUUUCUCCACCUGAGAGGAGUCGACCAGUGAUGAGUGCUAGAGCUCGAAGGCGGCUGAUAAACUCCGCUCUUAAUGACCACCCUGUGGCUCAGGAAACACUUAAGACUUAUGAGGCAGUGCUGCGGUUUGUUGAUAACAUGGUCCAAUGGCUGGUACAGGAAGGGCUUGGUCAAGAAGCUAAUUUGCUUCGAAGCGUGAAACCUGUCAUGCUAAACAAGGUACCGUACGUGAGCUUCUUUUGAUCAGAUUCUCAGUUGAUAAAACUUCAGUCAGAUGAUCGAUUCCUGGUCUGAUCCAACCAUUGUCUAGUACUACUAUGUAAUGAAGGUGUAAUGGUCCUUUUCUCACGACCUUGAGGUAAAGAGAAAAUGUGAACCCCUGUUGGGGGAAUUCAUGACCUCCCAGACACCAUUAGGGUGUUGCUAGUUGCUUAAGGCGAGAUGGGCCAAUUUUUAGGUUUAAUCCUGCGUCUAUUAGAUCUAUUGUAGCAAUUGUCAGCAGCAACGUCAUGCUGGGAAGUUUCUAAUCCUAGUGGGAUGAGUGAUAAUACCUUUGAUUGUUUUAUACUUCACCAAAGCUGUGAUCGUAUGAGGUUACAGAGAAUUGUGUGGGGUUGGGAUUGCACCACAAUGAAGACGCCUUACUUGUCGUAUUUUUAGUGCAGUUCUCAACAUUUGUCAAACGUGCAUGUAAAUAGGUAUAGUAAUAUUGCGAUACAGAGUGACUGACGACCUAUCAACAAACGAACUGUGAUUUGUUUUUGUUUUUUUCUCUUUAUCAGGAAGAUACGAUGCAAAUAAUUGAAAGAAUGCCAGAGAUACGUAGCAACAUUUCCCAGGUGAGUGAUAAUGAUCAUUCCAUUCCUUACAAUGCUACUACGUAGCUUUUCGUGCAAGACGUGACAAGCUAAGGAAAGGAAGAAACGUCCAUUUUGAUAUUAUGCUAGUAGAAAAAGGAAGGUAGAGAGUUGAAUGGCAUGCAAUAAGGUCUUGAAGUGGUAGCGAUUUGGUAAUAUCAGGGAACGUUUUGAGUUAAGGUCAACCAUUGGAAACCUCUGUGGUGAAUUCCAGAUUGGAUCAUCGGAAGCUAGUAGUGGAGCUUUUUAAACAGGUUGUAAUCGUUAGUUCUAGUAAUAGGUGCUUUAUAACUGUGAGAAAACGAAGUUUCAGUUUUAUUAUUCAUGGUUUUUGUGUCAGGUGCUAAGUCAGCUGGGCAGUAUAUUGUCGAGUCAGCAUCUUACAAGCUCCACUGCUGUUGAGACGAGGAGUGUAGGUCUUACCACCUCUCAACAAUCAGUAACAGAGCCAAGUGAUCGCGGGUCGGAAUGGCGACCAAAGAGUUUCAAGGUAAAGUAAUAUCAUCUUGAAAAUAAGCAAAUUCUAAUAGCAGCCACUGUGUUGCGGGAAUGUGAGGGAAGUUCAUGGAGUAAUGGCAGUAGUUAUGGCAACGGCAAUUGCUUCGGCAAACUGUAAUGGCAGUGCACGUAAUAAGACAGUGGCAGCAUCAAAAGCAGUGCGGGCUGGCAUUGGUAAUACCAUAAUAAAAUUCGCUGUCCUGUGCUAACGAUAGCGGCAUUCGCUGCAGCAACAUCAGCCGAGUGCAAUAUAACAUUUUAUUAUGCUAAACAAAGUCUCAUAUUUACAUGUAUCUUUUUUCAAAGUUUAUAGUUACAGUUGUUUUUACUAAAACAACGGCUACAGUUGUAAAUUACACUUGUAAAAGUUUUAUUCAAUUGACCCCUGAACACGGUUGCAUGUUGUUUCCCAUUUCUAGAAGUCUGACGUUAGUGAUACUACAUCCCUGGACUCCAACUAUGUCAAGUUGCUGAAAGAGUACAAUGACUUAGCUGAAGCAUAUGAGCGGUUACAACAGCAUCUGGAUGAAGAGGCUAAGUUUCACCAGGAACAAACCAGUCAGAAUGUAGCGGUAAUGACAGACAUGCAGGAUACCAUCACACAGCUUAGAAACCAACUAGCAGAAUUAAGGAGCUCUCGGUCCGCCUCAUCCGGGGUAAGUCUCGCGACAGCCCCCUUCCCUCCCCCCUCCCCUCCCCCCCUUCAUACUGUUGAUUCCAGAUCUCCCUCCGUUAAAAGUGUGAACAUAUGUUGAUGGAAAAUCAGUAAACCUUUGAGUGAAUAACUAACAAGCCACAGUUACCCUCGUGUCCUCAGGCAACAACUUUCCUCAGUAUAAUGUUAGCAAAUAGGUGCUGGGCGAACUGUUUUUCUUAGUCAGGACUUUCAAGUCGACUGCGGAUUGUUAUCCUUUUUCAGCAUUAACAAAUGAAGAUCAUGAUACAUCGAUAUCAUAGUAACGUUACUGGUGUACGGGUGUUUAUCUCAUCUCUAGCUUUCUUUUUUUUUCAGUAUAUUUCGAUGUUAUUUUUUUACAUAAACAUGGUUUUUAUUUAGCUGAAAUGAUAUUCAUUACCCCAUAUUUUCACUGUCUUAAGCCCACAUAAAAAUGCGCAAGGUACGUUAACGUAUUUACGUUAACAUAGCUUUGGCAACUCGCUUAGUUUGAAUAACAUAGCAUAACCUUUCUUCAAUAGCGUGCAAGUUCUUCCAUCAUGUUUACACGACUCGAUGCAGAGCGGAACGGAAAGAUACUCAAGCGUGCUGUUCAUGAGAGAAGAUUAUCUGAAGAGAGCUUCUCUGCGAUCAUGGAGCAUAUGGACAACUAUGUUAGUUUACCAGCCAAGAGACUGGCGCAUAUUGUCAGACGAUACAGUCACCACCGCUCCAUGAAGGACAUCGGUAAUUGUUACAUGCGAUUUGAAAUAACGAUAGUCAUAAUACUGUUAAUGGCAGUAGCUGAGGAUGAACCGAAUAUUCGUAUUUAUGAGAAUAACAGUUAAAUUUACCCGGAUUUCUUGAUCAGCAGAUCAGAGUAUGGUAACUGUCUUGGCACGUGUUAAAUACAUAACCUGUCUUUGAGAAUCUUUAGUCGAGGUUGCAUACGCCGAGAUAAGAACAAUUUUUCCCCUAAACUUUUUUGUGUUUUAUGGUAAGUUUUUUUCUUGGGUAAAACAACCUAUACCGAAAGUAAAAAAGCUUUUGCCGUGUGUGGAUGGCUCAAACUGACUAAUUCAGCAAGGUCUUCGUAGCAUCCUGCUGACCUUUUCACCCACUUCUUUCGCUCCACAUCUUGCCAUCCCUUUGGUAGUCAGUUUUGAUCAUGUAUAUAUUAUUUGUUAAUACAGAACAAAGUUUGAAACAAGGCGGUAGCCUUGAUGAGGGAGUAUUCUCAGCCUUGGAUAAAAUGGAAAAACUGCAAAACAAACGCGCACAGCGCUGGGGAGACAAAAUGGACCAAUACUCUAACGAUCGAGAAAGGCUCGCUCAACAGUUGACGGAUUGCUUUGUAAACCUGGAGCAAGAGACUGGAAUCUUCCUUAUAAAACCAGUGUAUUCUUUUAAAGGAAGGUGAGAAAAUGUUCAUGGCUUGUCUACAAUUGCUUUUCAUUCGUAUGUUUGCUUGUUUGUUUGCUUUUGUUUUCCUUCUCUCACACGGAGUAAUCCCGCUAUUUUCAUGUGAUUUUUUUUUCCAUAUGUUUACAGACCGGAAGUAAACACUGGAUAUGUCACAGCUCAGAAGCACAAACCACCUCCAGUACCACCCAAAGCCAGCGGCCCAGUGACCCCAGCACCCACACCCUGGCUAGGCAAGGGACCUAUUCCACCAGGGCUGUACCGUGACUUUACUCAAAGUUCCUUCGCUAGACCUCCCUCCAUCCCGACAAUGUCCCAGUUAGAAGAUGGUACAAUGAGGAUGAGGGUGACCCGGCCCAUGGAAAAAGAGCUCCUGUUAAGCUCUUUACCUGGUGUAGCUUGGCGGGCAUCUAAGUCACAAGCCUUUGCGACUCCUUCUACUGCUGUUGAGCUCAAUACACCCAAGAUUUUGGAGCUGGAUGUUAAUCGUAUGAUGAUUGGUCAAACGGACGUGAGGUACUGUCAUUUUAUGUUUAUCUCGCAAUUAGUUUUCACCUCGGAUCCAAUCGAUGCAUCGACGCAACCCCUUUUAUUUUUGCUUUGCUUAGAACUUGGAGUUUAAAACCACCUGCUGUCGAACCUCUUAAGCAAGAACGUUGCAUACUUAGUAGUAGCUGAGAUCAUGCUGUCCCUAUAUCUGAUCUCUGUUUGUUCUGCGUGUCUUGUCUGUUUUAUUUUUCUUCUUAAAAAACGCCUGAUCGCAGGUUUAAUUGACUCUGUCAUUUAGAUAGGUGAGAGGUUAGAGUUGAAUGUAUUAUUGGUAAGGGUUGCGAGGAGUUUGUUGUUAGAUAAAGAGCUGUCCUAGAAGAAAGGUCCACUUAUUUUCUUGCACCUUCACGGAAGGUCACAUGAUUUUAUGUGCUACGAAAUACACAUUACAGAAUUUGUCAAUACAACUCGAUAGAAUGAUUUAGGUAAGGUUAGGUGGACACCAGUCUGGUAGCGUUUUCUUCAACUUUUUCCUUUCUUUUGUCAACAGCAAGCCUAUUUUGGCUUUCGUUGAUGCAGGGGAAGUGACAGCGUCCGCGGUGAGGAGUUACGUAACAGUUGAGAGACCAACGGGUGGCAAACAAAUCAAAAAAGCCAAACACUCAUCGGGUAUUGACGCUCUCUAUACAUGCGUUUUUGUUUGUUCAAUACUGAAUACAUAACACGAAUGCGUAAGUUUUACUUUCAACUGAUAAAAGUGUCAAGUCCUUGCUCAUUAUUUGUCUGUAAUUUGACUCUCGAGCAGCUAGGUAUAGAGAUGGGUAUCGACGAAUAUAUUACUGGGGGUAAUCCUGCGAUGGAUUGGCAUCAAGUCCAGAAGGGGGAGAGGGGGGAGUUAAGUGACUGAUGUAGGUAAGAGCUAUAGGACUUGUAUAGCUGGAAACACAUGUUGUAGCUCAUGGGUCAUUACACAUCUGGCAUGACAUGGGCCCAUGGCGAAUUAAGUGCUGGAGAUGUUGUCUUGUGUAUAACUGAUAACUUUCUUAUAUUUUAUAGGUAUUCAAAAUACAUCUUCACCUAGCACUGCUCAAGAUCCCACACGCCCUCACAGUGGGCCCCUGUUAUCAACUUACCCCCCUUUACCCCCCAUACACAUGCCAAAAUUACGGCAGGAGAGCCGAUCUGGCAAGUCACUUGACAGCGAUGCAGUGACACAUUCAGAAGCUGGUACACCUGUGACUCGAAAAACUGAAGACGCUAGACCCAGUACUCGUGGGACUCUUAACGGACAUGAUACUCACAUGGGACUUGUAACUCCAGAGAUUUUACCUGUUAGAUAGCGAAUUUUUAGUUUGUAGUGUAAAGUGACGUUUAUCAAAUGUAAAUAA